UAGCCACUCCCCCGCUCCAGCAGAGCCACAGCAUUAUCCAAGAGGACUGUUCCGUCUCCUGUCAACACUCUGCCACUCUGUGUCACGACAAAAGUCUUCUCUCGUUCCUGGAACAGGAGCCGACGAACGCUCGUCUGUCCAAGGAAGCAGAGGGAACGGGAGCUGUUUCAGUCUUCUUCUUGCCUCUGUUCAUUGUUUUAAGUUUUUAUCUAUAGUGCUGGCGCACUGCAGGAAUACUUCCAAAACAAAUAAGGAGGGGAGAGAGCCAGGUGCCAGCCUCCUGCAAACUUGGCAGGCCUGCCAUAAAGCGAACUGGUGAGACCGGCCCUUGCAGCAGUGCCUCUAGCCAAUGGCGGACAGUCCGGCGUCCGAGCCGAGCCCGGCUGGGCUCCCCUGGUACGUGGCGGGAUCCCAGCUCCUGGGCCUGGCCUGCGUGGUCAUCACCGGGGUGUGGAUGGGUCACUACCGGGGCGGCUACGCUUGGGACGGCUCCGCCCAGGAGUUCAACGUGCACCCCCUCUGCAUGGUCCUGGGACUGGUCUUCCUCUACGGCGACGCCAUCCUGGUUUACAGAGUGUUCCGAAAUGAGAACAAACGCACCGUCAAAAUCCUCCACGCUCUGAUCCACGUCAUGGCCCUCAUCAUCAGCAUCGUAGGUUUAGUGGCCGUGUUUGACUUCCACGCCAAAGCCAAGAUCCCGGACAUGUACUCCCUGCACAGCUGGUGCGGGAUGCUGACGUUCGUCCUCUUCUGCCUGCAGUGGCUGAUGGGCCUCAGCCUCUUCCUGUUCCCCGGGGCGUCGCCGUGGCUGCGCAGCUGGUACCUCUCCCUCCACGUCUUCUUCGGCCUGGCCAUCUUCGCUCUGGCCGUGGCCACCUGUCUGCUGGGCAUCACAGAGAAGCUCCUCUUCAGCAUCACGAGCACAUACUCCAAGUUUGCUCCAGAGGGGGUGCUGGCGAACACGCUCGGGCUACUGCUGGUAGGUUUCGGGGUCCUGGUGGGAUACAUCGUGACAAGGGAGGAAUUCAGACGUCCCCCACACCCAGAGGAGGAGGCCCUCUCCAUGCACUUCAAGACCCUGACGGAGGGCGAAAGCCCCAGCUCCCCUUAGCACCUCCCCCCUUCCCAUCACCCCCAGUCCUGCCAGCUCUCUGCACAGCAUGCCGACAAAUCACGCACACAUCCAACAACGCCCCCUUGUGCCCAAAUGGAGGUAUCAUCCCAGAUUAGGGAGGGAAAGAUAUCUUCACAUGAUUGUCCAGUUGAAAUGAUUAUUGAUUUGGAGUAGAAUUAAGUAACAAUGCAAAUGUAAUGCUUCAGUACUUUUUCAGAACCAAAGAGAUCCUUGCCUUUAGCUUCAAUCAGUGCCAUAUUGAAACACACUGACCGUACUGGACAAAUCAGUUCAAACGCAAAAACUGUCCUGAAGAGAGCCACAGAAGAGGAAAGCACGGGCAGCGGUGCCUCUCUAAAUCCGUUUAAACACGACAGAUUCAUGUAAUAUAGAAUUAUUCAAUUUCAAUCAAUUGCAACACAUUCUCAGCUCCUCUGCUCUCCCCCAUAUGGUAGAAAGGCUUUAAUCAGGACUGAACAUUAAAUUGCUCUGUGCAUUUAUCUAAUUAGGGCAUCCAAAUGAUGAGACCGUUAGAACAGUGAAGAGAGCAUUUAAUUUCAGAGCUCAUGCGCUGUAGCAGACCUCCAACACACCCAAUUACACCAGGAAAUGAGGUGAAGAAGCACACCCCAUGGAGAUGGCUGUGAUAAUAAGCAAUGCCCAGUGGUUUGUGUUCAGUGUUCACAAGGGAGCCUUCCAGGAUGACCAACACAAAGCAGUUUCAGAUUCUAAUACUGUGUUAAUUUAACUUGAGUGAGAUCAAAUCUCAAAAUAGAUUUUAUGCUACAAUAUAUGAAAAAUAUGUACCACUAAAUUGACUCAUUUGUUUUUUUUUUGCCAUUGUUAUCUGUCUGUAGUGUAAAUACACUGCAAAUUGAAAGGUAGUGGUUUAAUUUUAUGCGUUGGAAGCCUAACCCCCUUAUCCCAGUGUAUGCAUUGCGAACCUCCAUUUCUUACAUCCGUUACAGCUUGAAAGCUGGAAUGUAGGAGUGGUAUCCACCCCCCUGCUGCUACAGAAGGGACACAGCGCCCUAGGAAGUAAGGUAUAUGACUGUGACUGCAGUCAUACACCUUAUGACUGUGACUGCAAUCAUACACCUAACGACUGCGACUGCAAUCAUACACCUAACGACUGCGACUGCAAUCAUACACCUAACGACUGCGACUGCAAUCAUACACCUUACGACUGUGACUGCAGCCAUACACCUUACCACUGUGACUGCAGUCAUACACCUAACGACUGUGACUGCAGUCAUACACCUUACGACUGUGACUGCAGUCAUACACCUAACGACUGCGACUGCAGUCAUACACCUUACCACUGUGACUGCAGUCAUACACCUAAUGACUGUGA